AUGGGAUCGUCAAGUCCACCUGAACUGGGUUUAAAUUGUAGAUUAUCGUCAGCAACAAAAACUUAUAUUCCCAAAACAAUCAGUGAUUUUCUUGCAGAAGUUUCAACGAUUAGUAAUACUUCUGAAAGGCUUUUAAAGCUUGAUGAUUACGUCAAUAGACUCCAAGAUGAAAUGAAGAAAAUCGAUGCCUUCAAACGCGUUCUUCCUCUUUGCAUGCUCCUUCUCAAAGAUGCGAUUGUGACAAUGGAGGAAGAGUUAAAGCAGUGCAAGAAAUCAAAUGCUCAGCCAGUUCUGGAAGAAUUUAUACCAUUAAAGAAACCUGGUGAUGAUGAAAAUGAAAAGGUCAAGGCCAGUACAGAAAAUGAUGUUAACAAUAGAGAUAAAAUGAAUUGGAUGAGCUCUGUGCAGCUAUGGAACUCAGAUCAUCACCAUCAAUAUCCGAAUCUUGAUUUGAAUAACAGUAAUCAAACCUUAAAACAGGAUAUCAAAAAGGGAGUGGAAGGAGAAAUUCUUCGGCCGAGUUCGAGGGAGGAUAUUGGUUAUAGUGGCUUGACCUCGCAAUUCGGUUGUAGCAAAUUAACUUCCUCUUUGGCAACUAAUAUUGGAGCAAAUUUGAGGACUGAACAACAAUCAAAGCAGCAGCAAACUGCAAGGAAGCAAAGGAGAUGCUGGUCGCCUGAAUUGCAUCGCAGAUUUGUCGAUGCCCUGCAACAACUUGGAGGUCCACAAGUUGCUACUCCUAAACAGAUCAGAGAACUGAUGCAAGUUGAUAGUCUCACAAAUGAUGAAGUGAAGAGUCAUUUGCAGAAAUAUCGCCUUCAUACUCGAAGAGUUCAAAGCACGUCCACAAAUCCAUCUGUGGUACUAGGAAGUUUGUGGUUGUCCCAAGAACAGUAUGGUGAAUCCUCAAAACCGAGCACAUCCCAAUCCGGUUCUCCUCAGGGACCUCUUAACUUAACUGGAUCCUCCAGAGCAACUUCCAUGACUGCAGCAGAUAGCAUGGAAGAUGAAGACGACGAAAACUUGGAGAGCCAUAGCUGGAAAAGUCGCAUACAUUUAUCCAACGUGUAG